AUGCGUGCCAACACCACGCAGAAGGCCUACGAUGAGGCGUUCCUGGCCUGCUCGACUGCAGUCUACUUUGAGAGUCAGCACAACGAGAAAGAAGCCCUGCGCUCAUGGAAGAUUGCGCUCGAUCACAUCUACUACCACAACGCCCGCCGCAACCCCACCACCUACCGCCCGUCGUCUGAGACAGAGAGGGCCCUGCUGGAGUCGUUGCGACAGCUGGAACUGCAGUGCAAAGAACGCGUCGACCUACUCGAGGCACUGAAGAAGAGCAGAGAAGAGUCCAAGGAGAGCCUCUCGAGCACCGACGCCCAAGCCCCCACCCCGCCUCCUUACGGUGUAACCUUGGCCCGAACCGAUACAAACGCCUCGUCAGAAUGGCCUGGAGGGCGGUCGAUACCGCCUGUAGUUCAGAGCGACCUUGCAAGACCUCCACCACUACCUACUCGUCCCUCGAUGGCGUCACGAAAGAGUUCUGGAAACACAUCGAAACGGAUCAACAGUCUGACGCAGACGAUGAGCAACUCCACGCUGACGCCCGGACCUUCAGAAGACAAGACUUCACGGACGCCGUCGCCAGAGAAGAAAGGAAGCAGGAUGCUCAGGACACUGAGACCGAGUAGGGAGGGCAAGCCAGCGUCGAAGAUGCCAGCCUCGAUGAGGUCACGCCCUGAUGCUUCCAAGGCUGCAACUUUGGCAUUCGGAGCAAGGACUGCAGCAGCAACCUCUAGCAGGCCCGGCUUGACAGUACCUAAAGUAUCCACUCCUCCAGUACACAUAUCUCCCCGAUCGUCAAUGGAGAUGCCGGCCGCUACACCACAACCAGAGACGCCACUUGUCCAGUCUACGUCGCAGGAUCCACCUAAACCAGCGCCCUUCUAUUUCCAGACCCGUGAAGGCGCAGGAUCCACCAACUACGCCGUACCAGCACCGAAGAACAGUAGCGAUGCCGAGAAGCCCAAAUCUCCCCCAAUACCACGCAAGGCCGCUCCACCGCCGCCACCGAUCCCGCAAAAGCCAGCUGAGCUGGGUAGAACGCCGUCAUCACAAACGAGUCCCGCCAUGCCCCCGUUACCAGCAUUUCCAUCCUAUCGAAAAGAGUACCCUCCAGCUCAGUUGGACCCUCGGUUACUUGCAGCGUCCGCAGCUGCUCGUUCGUACAGUGACUUGGGAUCGAGCAGAUAUGGGAACAAGGAGAUUGACAACACGCGAAGACCAUCAGGCGCGCCUCCAACGCCGAGUAAUAUCAGCCGAACACGGAACGUACGACGACAGGAUUCGCCAGAGCCAAUCCCCCUCGCAGAAGACGGCUUCGACGACGAGCCUCAACGACCACCGCGCCGAACAGCCAGAAAACGAGGAGAUUCGAUGCGAGCAGAGUUACCUCCUAAUCCGACAGCGGAGUCUGGAGAGGGCGGUGACACGAACGAAGAGCCUGACGAGUGGAAGAGAAAGACCGAGGAAAUACUGAAGAACCUUCCCCGCGGUGUAGACAAGCAGUCGGCACAGAAUAUCUUGAACGAGAUCGUCAUCCAAGGAGAUGAAGUGCAUUGGGAUGAUGUGGCUGGGUUAGAGAUUGCUAAAUCUGCAUUGAAAGAGACAGUCGUGUAUCCGUUCCUAAGGCCGGAUCUAUUCAUGGGAUUGCGAGAGCCUGCCAGAGGUAUGCUGCUCUUCGGACCACCAGGUACCGGUAAAACGAUGCUCGCAAGAGCUGUCGCUACCGAGUCCAAGUCGACCUUUUUCGCCAUCUCCGCAAGCAGCUUGACGUCUAAGUUUUUGGGUGAAUCGGAGAAGCUGGUGCGCGCACUUUUCGCUCUUGCGAAACUGCUCGCGCCAUCUAUUAUCUUUGUCGAUGAAAUCGACUCCCUGCUAUCGUCCAGAGGAGGUUCAUCCGAGCACGAAGCCACCCGUCGCAUCAAAACUGAAUUCUUGAUCCAGUGGUCAGACCUACAGAAAGCGGCUGCAGGCAGGGAGACGACAGAAAAGGACAAAGAGAGGGGCGAUGCAACUCGUGUCCUUGUGCUUGCUGCGACCAACUUGCCGUGGGCUAUUGACGAGGCAGCAAGGCGAAGAUUUGUCAGGCGACAGUACAUCCCACUACCAGAAGACUUUGUCAGGAAACAGCAAGUGAAGACGUUGUUGAGCCACCAGAAACACGAAAUGAGCGAGCGGGACCUUGACCGUUUGGUCGCGCUCACGGAUGGCUUCUCUGGCUCCGACAUCACUGCACUCGCAAAGGACGCCGCCAUGGGCCCUUUGCGCUCACUGGGUGAGAGCCUCCUCACCAUGACAAUGGAUCAGAUUCGCCCGAUGCGCUUCGAAGACUUCCAGGCUAGCUUGCGUACGAUCAGGCCUUCAGUUAGUAAACAAGGCUUGAAGGAGUUUGAGGAUUGGUCGAGGGAGUUUGGAGAGCGCGGCGGAUAG